AUGUUUUAUCUAUUUAAGGAUCGCACAUACACCUUUCGUCUCCUGUUCAUAUCUGUGUCAUUCCUCGCAUUAAGAUACGCUCAGAGAUUCACACCAACUACUCGGAUCGGAAAUACUAUUACAUCUAUCGUACUUAGGAUCUUUAAAUUCUUCAUCAUAUAUCAAUCAAUCAACACCAUAGCCGAUCUGGCUUUCGAAGUGGCCAAGGCAAACACCGCAACCUUCUCCAACAUGACCACUGAGUUCGUCAAUUUUUUUAGCAACGUGGAUGAAGUCAAGAUUUCCAUGUUUCUCGCAAUCAUGAUCAUAAUUCCAUACGUUAGAUCUGGAUGCCCCAACGAGCUCCCCACAGAAUUUUCACUUGUAUUGUUGUUCAUUGGUUUCAUAUAUGUUGGAAGCAAUUUCGAAGGCCCUCAAAACUACAUGUUGACUUUCGUUUUGCUGAUUUUCCUUGCACUUCUGGUGUAUAAGACAGUGAUUUCAACAGAGCUUCAAAAUCGACAUUCCAAUAAAGUCGUAAUGGAACCAAAACCGAAUUAA